AUGUGUGAUAGAACAUUUUCGCAGAAAGUCAACUUAAAUAAACCUUAUCCCUGUAGUGUGUGUGAUAAAGUAUUUGCAUCAAAAUGUAAUGUAAUGAAACACUGUCUUCUUCAUACUGGAGAAAAACCUUAUUCUUGCAGUGUAUGUAAUAAACCUUUCACACAUAAAAGAAGUCUAAAUCGGCAUUAUCUUGUUCAUACUGGUGAAAAACCUUAUUUAUGUACUGUUUGUUAUAAAUCAUUUUCACAGAAAGGCAACUUAAAGGAACACUCUCUUGUUCACACUAGAGAAAAACCUUUUUCAUGUGAUUUAUGUGAAAAAACAUUCGCUCAAAAACGUCAUUUAAUUCAACAUUAUCUUGUUCAUAGCGGAGAGAAGCCCCAUUCAUGUAAUGUAUGUGAUAAAACAUUCUCACUUAAACGUACUUUAAAUCAACAUUAUCUGGUUCAUAGUGGAGAAAAACCUUAUUCAUGUAGUGUAUGUGAUAAAACAUUCUCACAGAAACCACAUUUAAAUCAACACUAUCUUGUUCAUACUGGAGUAAAGCCUUAUAUAUGUGAUGUGUGUAAUAAAUCAUUUUCCCAGAAAGUUCAUUUAAAUAAACAUUAUCUUGUUCAUAGUGGAGAAAAGCCCUAUUCUUGCGAUGAAUGUGAUAAGAAAUUUUCUCAUAAACAUCAUUUAAAAAAACAUUCACAAAUUCAUACUAGUGAAAAACUUUAUGCUUGCAGCUUGUGUGAUAAAUCAUUUCUACAGAAAGCUAGGUUUAAUAAACAUAUUCUUGGUCAUACUUGA